GUCAGCUGCGGGAAAUCCCCCUCCCGCUAAGGCGCGGGUCUCUCUGGCCCUGAGGUGCUGGGCUCUCGCUGCGCUCCGCCCCCCUACCCUUGGCUCCAGCACCCUGGACGGGCGAGGCCGGGGACAGCAGGGGCGCGAGAAUUAAGGGGGUGGGAAGGUGUGAGCCGCAAACCAAAGCAGGGCGGAAAGGAGGAGGAGGCCCCGACGGUGGUCAGUGGGACAGGGGGUCCCGCCGGCAGAGGACUGACUGGCGGGCUGACUGACAGCGGCGGCCUCCGGUCCAGAGGCUCGGAGUGGAGCGGAGCGGCGCGGUGAACGGAGUCAUGGCUUCGGGUGGGUAUAACCCCUACAUAGAGAUAAUUGAGCAACCCAGGCAGAGGGGAAUGCGUUUUAGAUACAAAUGUGAAGGGCGCUCCGCAGGCAGCAUUCCCGGAGAGCACAGCACAGACAACAACCGCACGUACCCAUCUAUCCAGAUUAUGAACUAUUAUGGAAAAGGAAAAGUGAGAAUUACAUUAGUAACAAAGAACGACCCAUAUAAACCUCAUCCUCAUGAUUUGGUAGGAAAAGACUGCAGAGACGGCUUCUAUGAAGCAGAAUUUGGACAAGAACGCAGGCCUUUAUUUUUUCAAAACUUGGGUAUUCGCUGUGUAAAGAAAAAAGAAGUAAAAGAAGCUAUUAUUUCAAGAAUAAGGGCAGGAAUCAAUCCUUUCAAAGUCCCUGAAGCACAACUGCUUGAUACUGAAGAUUGCGACCUUAAUGUGGUAAGAUUAUGUUUCCAAGUUUUCCUCCAUGAUGAACAUGGUAAUUUGACAACUACUCUACCUCCUGUGGUUUCUAACCCGAUUUAUGACAACCGUGCUCCUAAUACUGCAGAGUUAAGGAUUUGUCGUGUAAACAAGAACUGUGGAAGUGUUAGAGGAGGAGAUGAAAUAUUUCUACUCUGUGACAAAGUUCAGAAAGAUGACAUAGAAGUUCGGUUUGUGUUGAAUGAUUGGGAAGCAAAAGGUAUCUUUUCACAAGCUGAUGUACACCGUCAAGUAGCCAUUGUUUUCAAGACUCCACCAUAUUGCAAAGCUAUAACGGAACCAGUAACAGUAAAAAUGCAGUUGCGGAGACCUUCUGACCAGGAAGUUAGUGAAUCUAUGGAUUUUAGAUACCUGCCAGAUGAAAAAGAUACUUAUGGCAAUAAAGCAAAGAAACAAAAAACAACUCUACUUUUCCAGAAACUGUGGCAGGAUUGUGCAGUUAAUUUUCCUGAAAGACCUAGACCCCUAGGAUCAACUGGAGAAGGAAGAUAUAUCAAAAAAGAGUCAAACUUGUUUUCUCAUGGUGCAGUUUUGACAGAAAUGCCCAGGCCUUCAGGAGUUUCAACUCAAGCAGAAUCCUACUAUUCCUCAUCUGUGUCCAUCUCAAGUACAUUGUCUCCUCAUGCUUCAGCCGUACCCUCCAUGGUGCCUCAGCCUUCUUCAAGCUGGUCCUCAGUGGCCCACCCCACCUCAUGCUCAGUCAACACAAAUCCACUGAGUAGUUUCUCAACAGGGACACUUUCCUCUAAUUCACAGGGUAUCCCACCAUUCCUGGAAAUGCCUGUUGUGAGUGAUUUAAAUGCUUCUAAUGCUUGCAUUUAUAACAGUACUAAUGACAUAAGCAGAAUGGAAGCAUCAUCCAUGUCAUCAGCUGACUUAUAUGGUAUUUCUGAUGCCAACAUGCUGCCUAAUUGCCCUGUGAAUAUGAUAACGCCCAGUAAUGAUGGCAUGAGGGAGACUGAUAAUCCGAGACUUGUGAGCAUGACUCUUGAAAACCCCUCAUGUAAUUCAGUGUUAGACCCAAGGGACUUGAGGCAGCUCCAUCAGAUGUCCUCUUCCAGUUUGUCAGCAGGCGCCAGUUCCGGUACUACUGCUUUCGUUUCACAAUCAGAUGCAUUUGAGGGAUCUGACUUCAAUUGUGCAGAUAACAGCAUGAUAAAUGAGUCAGGACCCUCAAACGGUACUAAUCCAAACACUCACGGUUUUGUACAAAGUAGUCAGUAUACAGGUAUUGGCACUAUGCAGAAUGAGCAAUUGAAUGACUCAUUUGCAUAUGAAUUUUUUCAGGUUAACAUGUAAGAUUUCAGUGGUGGUUCAAAAUUUAAAUCCGUUUAAAUAUUUGGAGCUAUUUUGAUAUUACCUAUAUGGAUGCAACAUUUUAUAUUUCUUCAUCCAAGGCUGUACAAAACACGUGUUUUUUUUAUUUUUGUUUUUGAGAAACGAUUGUCUGAAAACUUUGAGUAUGUAGGGGAUUUCUCUCACAGACAGUCAUAGUCUUGGCUGUGGAGCUUCUCAUUUAGUUGGCAGAGAAUUUGUCAAGACAUAAUAAAAGAUAAAUGCUUAGUGCUGAAGCUGCCACUGAAAGAGAGUAAUGAACUCAUUUCCCAACUUUAGGAAGAGUUGGAAAAAGUUUAGUAUUCACAGAAGCCUUUUUGCUUCAAGUGUAGAUAAAUCCACACAAACUGACUUUGUAGGCCAUGAUGCCCUGUGGAAUGCUAUGUGUACUGCGGUUUAUUUAAACUAGUACAUAUUUCAGUGUAGGUUAAAUCAUUAUUUGAGUCUAAUCUGUGACAUAUUAAAUAUUGAAAAAAAAUUAUUUUUCCCAUUUAAAAAAAACGCACACAAUUUUGGGUAUGUAGAAUACAAAAUUGGAAACUCAGAAAAGGAAAAUUCUGAAAUAGAAAUUUAAAAGGGCUUUACUGUUUCUUCUUUUGAAACGUGUGACCUGAUACUGGAUAUGGUGUGAAUUCCAUCUUUAGAGUCGCACCACAUUUUCCCAGAACAGAGUGAUGAGAACAUUACAGCAAAGCUCUAGUUUUUCCAAAAAUGCUUUUUUAUAUUUCUUUUGUAAUGCAUUCUUAGUUAAUGAAUUAAGAGAUAUUUGCUUUUAAGCAAAUUUAAGGUAAACCCUGUAAUGGCUAUGCCAUUGGAAAAAUUAAUUCCUUAUUAUUUUUGAGGCGCAUGGGCCAAGGUGACCCCUAAGGGGCUUUCUGAGGCUUCUUGGAGUUUCUUAGAUUUAUAUGUAAAUCAAAAUUUCAUUAAAAUGAUAAGUUAGGUAGAAGUAUGCUUUCAAGGUAUGGGAGGUUCUCUACAUUUCGAACUAUUUAAAUCCAUAUCUUUAAAAUUGCUUAUGAUUUUAGGUUUGUAUUCAUGUUUUUAAGAGGAAAAAGUUUGUUUGGACCGCUCCUCUUUCUUAUGUGUCCUCAUUCACUGUGAUCUCAUCCAAUUUCAUGCUGUCCGCUCUGAAGUUUUACCCCUAUUUUAGACCUGUCCCCUGCACUCCAGAUUUGGAGUUUACACACGUGUAUAAAACUGCUGAUUUGACAUCUCUACCUAAAAACCUAAUUAAAGGUCAGACUCGGUAUAUAUCAUUGAUUUUUCCCUAACAUACUUAUUUCUCUUUCAUUCUUUCCCCAACUCAGUAAAUGGCAAUGCCAUGCCUCUAGUUGCUCAGGUCUAAAACUGUGGAGUCAUCCUUGAUUCUUUUCUUUCUUUUAUGUCCCAUAUCCAAAUCUAUCAGCAAACGUGGUAGGCCCUACCUUCAGAA